AUGGAGGAGCCCGAAGAUGCAGAGGCCCCCGCAGAGCAGCCAAAGGCCGUCCCUGAACCUGAGGCCAUGGCGCCGCCGGCACCUCCUCCGCGCGAAGAUCAGGCAGAGCUGAACAUUCAGGAUGUCAAGGCCCGUGCCUGCGAUGCGCUGCACAAGGCACUGGGGCUGAGUGGCGGCGAGGAAGCAGGUGGCGAGCAGUCCGUGAAUAUCGAGGAUGUGAAGGCACGUGCCGCAGGCGCACUGGAAAAAGCUUUGGGUGUCACAGAUGAUUCGGCAGCAUCCUCGAAGGACGUUCCGCCGGCUGAGCCAGCUCCUGCUCAGUCAAGCCUUGUGACGGAGGUUCAAGAGAUUACAAGGCAAGUCAAAGAAGAGCUCGGCAAAUUCCAAGGCGAGGUAUGCGGUCAGCUGCAGGACUUGAAGCAGCUGUCAAGUGAGGUGCGCAAGGACGUGGAGGACUUGCGCCACCAGGUGGCAGAAGCCAAGCGUGAGGCUACUGGAUCCACGUUUGGUGCCACCACGGUGACUACAAUCAAGCCGGAGGAUCCGCUUCAGGAUCUCGGAGGCGGAAGCCUUGCCGACUUGGAGAAGAAGAUCCGGGAGCGCAACGAGCGCUUCAGGCGUGAGAACGCCGCAAUGCGGGAAGAGAAUGCUCGCCUGAAGAUGAUGGGACCUAGAGCCGACUGA